UCGAUACAAAUUUCGUGGCUCCGCGCCGACAAUUUUUUGAUUAUUGACACGCUUUCAUCCUUUUUCAGGCUGUUUAUCAACAAAUUAAGUUAAUUUUAUCAUAAGUAAUUUAUAAAAGCCUUGCCAAAAGUUAAAAACUGUCCAAAAAUCAGCAAAAAUGAGUACAAUAUUGGAAAAAAUCGCCGCCAUAGAGUCCGAGAUGGCUCGGACACAAAAAAAUAAAGCCACGGCUCUUCAUUUAGGUCUUUUGAAGGCUCGUUUGGCUAAACUAAGACGUGAAUUGAUAACCCCCAAAGGUGGUGGCGGUGCCACUGGUGAAGGUUUCGAUGUUGCUAAAACUGGUGAUGCCCGGAUUGGUUUUGUGGGAUUCCCAUCCGUAGGCAAAUCAACCCUUUUGUCCAAUUUGGCUGGUGUCUACUCUGAGGUAGCAGCUUAUGAGUUCACAACAUUGACAACUGUUCCUGGCUGUAUUAAGUAUAAAGGAGCUAAAAUACAGCUGCUUGACUUGCCGGGUAUUAUUGAAGGUGCUAAAGACGGUAAAGGUCGAGGUCGACAAGUGAUAGCAGUGGCCAGAACAUGCAGUCUCAUAUUCAUAGUCCUGGAUGUGUUGAAGCCACUCCAACACAAGAAGCUUCUAGAACAUGAGCUGGAAGGCUUUGGGUUGCGGUUAAACAAACAACCACCUAACAUACACUUUAGGAAGAAAGACAAGGGAGGAAUCAAUUUGAAUAACACGUGUCCACAAACAGAACUAGAUGUGGAAACGGUAAAGACAAUCCUCUCUGAGUACAAGAUCCACAACGCAGACAUAACCCUUCGGUAUGAUGCCACAAGCGACGAUCUUAUCGACGUGAUUGAAGGCAACAGGAUAUACGUGCCUUGCAUCUAUUUGCUCAAUAAAAUUGAUCAAAUAAGCAUAGAAGAACUUGACGUUAUAUACAAAAUCCCUCACUGUGUACCAAUCUCCGCCCAUCACAAAUGGAACUUUGACGAUUUACUCGAAAAGAUGUGGGAAUAUUUAAAACUUAUUAGAAUAUACACCAAGCCCAAAGGACAACUGCCAGAUUACAACGCUCCAGUUGUAUUGCAUGCAGAUAGGACAAGUGUCGAGGACUUUUGUAAUAAACUUCAUAGAUCGAUUGUUAAAGAGUUUAAAUACGCCCUAGUAUGGGGAUCGUCCGUGAAGCAUCAGCCCCAAAAAGUCGGUAUCGACCACAUACUAGCCGACGAAGACGUUGUCCAAAUCGUGAAGAAAGUCUAACCUACGCUCACAGAUGAAUUAUAUUUUCGGGGAUUGUUAAACGCAAAAAAGUUAAUACAGUACGCGUCAUUAAAGUUGAAAAUGUCGGUCUGCCAAAACAUGGUUUGCGUUGCGUUGGCGGCAAUGUCUGUCUUACCAUAAGAGAUAUUAUAUGCAGCUAUGCAGUAUGCAAGCGGUAUUUUUGAAUUCACCCCCCUGCUCCGGAGAAUACGUUACGCCGUCCACCCCUGUUUUCAUUAACAUCUCCAUCCCUAUUCCUACUAAUAUGAUAAAUGUCAAUGUAAGUUUGUUUGUUACGCUUUCACGCAAAAACCACUUAACCGAUCCUCAUGAAACUUUGUACACAUAUUCUUGGAAGUGUUAGAAGUAAUAU